UUUGCGUGGGCUUUUUACUCGAAAGAACCGGCUAUUAUCCUUGAUGGUGCGUUGAUAGGUCUUGACCGAGAAACUAAGAAGGUAAUUCUAGAGAGCUUGUUUGCUGAACAUGGUUUCAUUAAGCACUCUCGGCAGAAUGUAAUCAUGGAAAUAAACUCAGCGUAUCGUCUUCUCUAUGCCAAGAACGUCAUCGCGCUGGAUGAAGAUAGGAGAAUCAUUCAACAUGGAUCGUCUAGUGAUCUCAUGAGUUCUGCUGGCUAA